AUGGCCAAGCCAACAGUCGACCCCAAAGAUGAGCUGCCCAAUCUCAAAACGAUGGGCUACGUGGACGCAGUCAAGGGAAACGAAAUCUACAACUUUUUCGGCAACCGCGUCAUCAAAACCACCACCCCAUCCGGUGUAGCUCUAGCCGUUAAAGUCAAGCCUCCAAAGGGAUUUGAUCGUUCCGAGGCUGACAUGAUGCAAUACGCUGCUACCAAUGGUAUCCUAGCUCCCAACGUCCGUGGCGUCUACGACGUGAUCGCCCACAGACUUCUCGCCCGUGUGAUGGUUAGCGAGCUGGUUCCUGGCGUUAGCCUUGAUCAGGCCUGGCAUGACUUGACUCCCGGCGAACAAUCGAGUAUCAAAGAGCAACUGCGCACCCAACUUACCCGCAUGCGCGCCUGCAAACAACCCUUCAUUGGUCGCUUGGAUCGGCAACCAGCCCAGAACCUCUACGACUCGAUUGGCACCACCAAGCUGGGGCCGUUUGACAGCGAGGAGCAAUUCGAUGAGUGGUGUCUCGCCCGGGUGAACGGGAAUGCACUCACUAAGUGGAAAUGGAAGAGAUUUGUGGAAAAGGAACGCCGCGCUUCGUCUGGGAAUUUUGUUCUGACGCAUGGAGAUCUGACACCGAGGAAUAUCAUGGUUAAGGAUGGCCAAAUAACUGGUAUUAUCGACUGGGAAAGGAGUGGCUUUUAUCCAGAGUAUGCUGAGUAUGCCUUUGCCAUGAAGCUUUGUCACUCGCAUGAGGAGUGGUGGAUCCCGGUCUUGAAGGAGCUGCUCCAGCCGUGCUCGAAGGAGAGGCUUGAGUUUACGGGGUUGAUUGAGAAAUAA